AUGGCUACCCUAAGAAUCGCACCGUGGGGCUUGCCCUACGCUCGGGGCCCUACGCAUACGGCGACGUCUUGGGAGAACAAUAAGGCCAAGAAGGCGCCGUCUGCUUUCGCGCUCGAGGAGGAGCGGAGGGCGAAGGCUGCGGCAGAGCUUCGCGCACAGGAGGAGAGGGCGGCACAGCUGGCUGCUGAGCAGGAGGCAGCGAGGCGGGCGGAGCGGGAGGCGGCAGAGCUAGCGGGUGCGGCAGAGCGGGCGGCGCUGCGCGAGGAUGCGGAGCUGGCAGAGGCGCUGCGCCGGUCAGAGGUGGAUGCCGAGGAGGCGCUGGCGCGUCGGGUGUCGCGGUGCGAGGAGGCGGUGAGCAGCGAGUCGACCGGCGGCGGCGGGGACUUGGUGCGGCGUGUCGAGCGGCUGGAGGCGAGCCUCGUCGCGGCGACCGAGGGUAGCCUCGAGGAGCGGGUCGGCGCCAUCGAGCGCUUGAUCGAGCCGGAGGCGAGAGAGGCGGCGGAGCAGCAUCUGCCAGUCACUGAGCCGCUUGCUGCCGUCUCACUAGCCGACGCCUGCCUCGACACGGGGCGGCAGGCUGCCCCCGAGUCCACGAUGGGGGGAGAGACCACGUGUAUCGUGUGUUUCGCGAGAGUCAAGUCGCAUGCUGCGGUUCCGUGCGGGCACUUGUGCGCUUGUGGGCCGUGCUCUGAGCUGAUGCAAGAGUGCCCUUACUGCCGCGAGCCAGUGAUGAUGUGGAUGGUUCCGCGUCCGGUCUAG